AUGAAUUUCAAAAAACUUUAUGAAUCUAAUCCUCUUCAAAAGAAAUUUGCUGAUAUUCUUUUUGAACGAGCGGAUGAACCUGCAACUGAAUCAUCUUGGAGUACUUUUAGUGAAAAAGAUGCAUUGGUAGAAGAUGAACUUCUUAGAAGUUAUUAUCGACUUGCCGAUGCAAACAAAAGUACAUCGGUCAAAAGUGUAUUAGAUCAAGCGGAGAAAGAUGUAAAAUCAAAAGAUCCCAGAUUGGUCCACCAUACGUUAAUGAAAUUCGCUAGUACAUACCCUGACGCUAAAGCACUUAGACUUCGUGUUCCCCCAUUGAUACGUCGUGCACCAAAAAGUACUAAACCUAGACGAAGACCUACUGUCCUUGCACCUGGACCGAUGAUUGGUGUUCCGGGAAAGACACCAGAAAAUCUAGAAGAUUUAAUUGAAUAUUGGAGAGAAGAUCCAAAUCUAAAUGAACAUCAUGAAAAAUGGCAUCUUGUCUAUGGUAAAAACCGUGUGGAUGAUCCUAAUUCAGUAGAACGUCUUUCAGUUGGGUUGGCAGAAGUUAUUCCAUUGGAAAAUUAUUUAGAUCCAAUUCCUGAAGGUUAUGAUGCUGAAGAUGUAGCUGGAUUUGGAUCUCGUGCAGCUAAUUUAACAUUAAGAGAUAUCCCUAAUUUUAGUACUGUUCAAAAUCUCGCUGAUGCUCGCGAUAGAUUGGUUAAAACCAUUGAUCAGGGAUAUUUUGAUGAUCUCACCAAUUCUAAAUCCAUCAAAACCGAAGGAAGUAUCGAUAGUCUUGAUUUAUUGGCUGUCGCUAUUGAAGCGGGUAUUACUGAUCAAACAUACAAAAAUUAUGAUGCAGCUGUAUGGGGAACUAAUUAUGUAGCAUUUCAUAAUAUUGGGCAUAUAAUGAUUGCUUUUAUUAAAGAAGGAGUAAUCGGAGAUAAUAAAACUGCAUGCCGAGAUCCAGUUUUCUAUAGAUGGCAUAAAUAUGUUGAUGAUUUAUUCGUUCGUUAUCAAAGUAAAUUACCUGCCAACAAUUAUAAUGACGCUCCAAAUGUUGUCAUCCAUAGUCAAGACGUGGCUAUUGUAUUUAAAGAUAAAAUUGAUCCGUUAAAAGGAUUGACUAAGCGCGUUGAUAUCGAAAAGGCAGCUCAAACUUGGGGUGAAACUCAUUUUGAUCAUCUUUCUAAGCACGAUGUUGGUUGUUUGGAAACGAAGAUAAAAACUAGAAAAUUACAAUUGGAUGGUGAAGAACAAGAAACGGAAAUUCAAUAUUUGUUCCCCAGAGAAUGGUAUUACUUCUUCCGCGACGUUGACGUAACAUUCCGUGUAUUUAUUGUUCCAACACAAUAUGAAAAACAAUUUGAACGUUAUAUCGAGGUCGAUAAAUUCCCAAAAACUCUCAAGGCUCACUCAAAAACAGUAAUUGCACGUGAUUGUGAUAGAUCAUCUGUAGUUGCUCAACCACCUAGGAAACUAGCAGCAGAUUUGGAUGACAAUGCGGAUCCAGAGACAUUUGAAGAUAUUGCUGAAGAUGUUGAUAAUAAUCCAAAUUAUGUUGGUUUUAAUGAUUAUUGUGAAUGUGGUUGGCCAUUCCAUUUAGUGUUACCUCGUGGAAAUCCUAAUGGUAUGCCAUUUAAAUUAGUGGUAUUCCUUAGCAGUGGUGAAUUAGAUAAGAUAGAUGCUGGAAAGAAAUGUGGAAGUUUAUCUUUCUGUGGAUCUCAAGAACUUGCUGGAAAAUAUCCUGACAAAAAAGAAAUGGGUUAUCCAUUCAAUCGUCCUUUAAAAAAUGGCAAUCUCAGAGAUACAUUCGGUCAUCUUAAGAAUGUUGCAAUUAAAGAAAUUAAAAUUAAAAAUGUUGCUGAUUUCCCUGAAUUCACAAAAGCAGCUUAA